AUGACGGGAAAUUCGAUUUCAAAGAUUGAAGAUAAGGGCCAAAUGACCCAGGUUACAGAGGAGAUGAUAGAUCAGUUAGGUGUGUACCAAGUCGACUAUUCUUUCUGGAAAAUAGUUCAGAAACUUAUAUAUGCACCUUUCUAUCUCCCAUGGGUGUUGCUGGCAGCAAUAAUAUACCCGGAAAAGCCUGAAUAUUUUAUCUACUCCAGUUUUAUCUCUAUGUUACUUGAUCCUUUGUUUCUGUACAUUCCUCUUAUCAACGAGGAAACCAAGUGCCUCAUGUUGGACAAGAAAGUGAUGAUAGCAGCUCUGAUUCUGCGAGUCGUCACAGAUCUUCGUUAUGUUGUUAAAAUAAUUUCUAAGAUUAAGAAAUGGUGGCCGGAAAUGUCUAAGAAAAUAGGCAUCACCAGCAACGUGCUCGCUAUUCUUCCUGUUCCACAAGUAGUGGUUUUAGUUUUCAUUCCAAAAAUGAGGGGCUCUGGAUCAUUGACCAUACUGCGGUUUUUGAACUGGCUUAUUUUUUUCCAAUACCUGCAACGAGUUUAUCCUAUCUACAGAUACUGUAAGAAUCUGAACAAGGAGAUGCGUGACAAGAGUAGUCAUAUGCGGGCAUGGAUUCCAAGUUUAGUCAAUCUUCUAAUAUACCUCCUUGCCAGUUAUGUACUAGGGACGUUUUGGUAUUAUUUCUCUAUCCAACGAGAGAUUGAUUGUUGGGAAUAUGCUUGCCAAAGAGAAGUGGGAUGUGAGUUCAGUAUACAUUGCAGUGUCAACACAUUCAGAAAUGUUACAUUGCUACAUACUUCAUGCCCUAUAAAUCCACCGGAUCCAAAAAUGUUCGAUUUCGGUAUAUUUCUUUAUGCACUUCAAUCUGGUAUGCAAGAAUCAACAAAUUUACCGCAAAAAGUCUUACUUUGUUUCUCGUGGGGAUUACGAAAUCUGAGUUCUUUUGCUUCAAACCUCAACACUAGUAACUACGGUUGGGAAACCCUAUUUGUGGUUGCUAUCUCUAUAAGCGGCUUGAUAUUUUUUAUAUAUUUCCUCGGACAUGUGCAGACAUUUAUGCAGGUAGCUGGGAAAUCAGAAAAGUCCCGCCAAAAGUUGAAGAUUUUGGGACCAAAAGUAGAAUCCAUGUUACUUGAAUAUGGCUUCCCUGCUGAUGCGAAAGUCCUGAAGGAUAGCAUCAACUAUGUGGUAGAACAAAAGCACUCAGAAGAACCAGAUCUCGUUUUGGAGAGUAUGUUUUCAGUUUUUUCCUUCAAGCAUAAGGUAGCUGACCCAAGUCUACAACGUGAACUGAAUACGAUCAGAAUAACUCUAUUCUUGGAGAAGUUAAAGAAACUCGAUCUUCUUUUGGGGCUUCACAAGUACGAAACGGUGUUAAAGGAAAUUUGUAAGCACCUUGAUCCAGUGAUCUAUCCCAAAGGAAGCUAUAUUGUUCGAGAGAAGGAGCCUGUUGAUAUGAUGUUCUUCAUCACCCAGGGCAUUGCACUCUCCUGCACCACUGACCACUCAAUCCCCACUAGGCGUCUUGAGAAAGGAGAUUGUUACGGUGAAGAGCUUCUAAGCUGGGCAACAACGGCAUCAACCUCCUUCUCCGACUUACCUAACUCACUCCAUACUGUCAAGGCCCAUAAAACUGUCGAACUCUUUGCCCUCCAAGCUGCCGAUUUACAGAGGGUUUUCUCUCAGCCAUCAAUCCAUUCCAGCCGAUUUACCUAG